AAGGCCCAGUACAACUAGAACGCUCAGGGGACGACACCACAAUGGCCUCUAUCAGUGCCAUGAUUCCUCCUGAGCUGUAGAACCCGCAUCGCACACUACAACUACAAUGGCCUCUAUCAGUGCCAUCAUUCCUCCAGAUGGGGGCGACGAACUUCCUGCCUACUUCGGGUCGCAGGUUCCCUUCGUUCGUCGACUACUGAGGGAUUCCCCCGAACUGAUAGUGCACUUGAAGCACACCGAUCGAUUCCACUACGAGCACGUCAGAAGAGUGAUGGGCGACUUUAAGGACUGGUGUACUAGGAAGUUAUAUUCCAUUUGCUUUUUUGUGCUGCUUGUGCAGGUGAGAUCCAGCAGGUGAGUGUAGUCAUAUUUAAUCAGAGCCACAGCACUGCUACUUACAUGUCAUCCAUCAGACCUCGACAUUUUCUCUCUGCUUCUAACUCGCUGGCUCCAUCUUCAAAAGCAAAGACCUAGCUAAAUCAAACUACCUCCGAAUAGCUUCAUACACUCGACUUAAAAAAGGUCAAACUGUUUGACGGUGAAUCAAAUCCUAUCCUAUCCUACGGACAUCUUCAGGGCCAAUCCCUCUUUCUGGCACAACUGGCUACGGGAUGGAGGCUUACCGGAUCCCGAGAUGGACCCAGAGUUCGCCCAAAUGCGACCGGAACAAGUUCGGACACGCAUGCGAACCUGGCUGAAAUAUCCGGAAAGGGCCUUGAGCAUCAGAUGGCAAGGAAUUUUGACCGAUAUGAUCCAAACUUUGACGGAUCUAGGGAUGCAGCUGAAUGAGAUUUAUGUUGGACGAUUUGGUUAUAUUUUUUGUCUCGGGAAUGUUUGUCGUUUUUCUUUUUCUGUGAAUCCUCUUGCGGAGUCACUUCACAAUGAUCAACUCGAGGUUCACUCAUUAUUGAACAAUCCAAACCUACCCACUUCUACGUACUUUUUUAAUGCUUGCUUUUUUCCACCUUUCAUUCCCCAUAUUCCCUACUUUCGCAAGACCGAUUUUCUUCCGUCGCGCUAUGUGAAGUCUUUUGUAGCGCUGACGAAAACCUAGCAGUGGUGACGAAAAAAGCACGCAAACGACGACGAAAAUUCGUGGACCGUUUUUUCCUAGAUUCCCGGCAAGAAGAUCACUUGUUGAUGUUUUUUUAUGGCUUUUGAUUUUGCUUUUCUUUUCUAUGUAUAGCUCUAGUACUCGAAAACUGAAAAUAACCGAGUUACUGACUGAAAUGAGGGAGGUAGCUUUGACAGGGCUACUCCUCCUUGUUCAGUAUCUCGCCUAUUUUCAGUAGUUACUCGCUGAUUUCAGUUUUUCGAAUGUAUUUUGUAGGCGAAUAUUCCCAGUCCAGCACUAUUGUUCUAGUCCACCCUCUUUCAUCUUCGUAACUAAGACAAGGAACAGUCUCUCUUCUACUUCACCUAUCGUCCUCACCACUCUCUAACCUGCUCUCGAGUGGCGACGCCAGGCUGAAUAUGAACGCGAUAUUGAAGUUUUAAAGGCGUACGUCGAGAACACUAAGGAACAACUGGCCAAUGCCAUAGAGGCGAACGCGAUGCAUGACUUCUUAAUGACGUUUAAAGUGCGGCUGGAGGAAGAAGUCUUGCCAAAGCUGGAGGAAACGGAGAAAGAACUAAAAGAAGUCAAAGCAGAGUUGAUCGUUUUGAGGAAAGAAAAUAAGAAGUAUGGCUUGAAGGGGUGAUCAUGAUGGUCAACAGCACAUAGUGUUUCAUACGAACGAUGAAACAAGUUGUAAUUGUGCUACUUACAUCAACUGUAUGUUGAAGACCUCCUCCUGCUUAUUAUAGGCUGCAUUGCCAUUCUCAGUUUGGUACUGAGCACAUCCACACUAACGCGGCCAGCACUAGUAAGCGCACGCUUUUUCUCUGUUCCAGCACUCUACUUUUUCAUCACCUCCUCAUCUUCGAACCCUCAUCUUCUAACCCAAACUAAAAGACGAACUCAAAAAGACCAAGCGUGAACUCGAGAUAACAAAACAACUGCUGGAGCGUAUCAAUCGCAAACUCAGAAGGUGGAUUCCGCGCGUAGGGGAGAUGGGCACGCGCAUGCUCCGUUGGAUGGAAGAAGCUCUGGUGCGAUUUGCUUUGUCGUUAAGUCUCGGCUUAUUCUUAUCCUCCCUUGAUCUCGGCUUCUUCUUAUCCUCCCUUGAUGAUGUCUAAGUGUAUUAAGUCUAUGUCUAUCCCCUAUUAAAGAGGACCCCAUGAUCGUCCACAUUAUUUCGCCCUACUAAAGAGGAGACCAUGAUCGCCCACAUUAUCCCGCCCUAUCAAAGAGGACCCCAUGAUCGUCCACAUGUCCUAGUACUUAAGUUCCAAUGAUCUCAUCUAAACCCCGGUUUCCUCACCAACCGUUAUCGCGGCUUAAAGUACCGCUUUCAGCAGUUGUCAGCGGAGCAUAUAGAUACGCUACAGAAAGUCGAAGACGAUGCCAAAGAAAUGAACAGAUUGAAUGACAAUAUUGCAGAUCUCGAGCUCAAAAUAAGUGGCUUGGAAGAAGACGUGCGACAUAAUAUUGGUACAGUCAGCACUUCUAGUCUUGUGAAUGAAGAUUGUUCUAGUCUUGAAUGUUCUAUCCUCUUUCCCAACGUCGAUCUUUCAAGUGCGCUAUUUCCUCCGUUCAAAUCAUGUCUUAUAUAUAAUACCCCAGCUUAAUAAUGAAUUUCAAUCAUACCCCAGCACAAAAAAUGAAUCACUCGUCACAGAGCGCAAAAAGCACUACGCUGAGCGGUCUAGGAUGGCGAAAAACGAGUGUGAUCAAUUGCGCGAAGCUCGCAUUGAACUCGAGACUGAGAUCCGCGAAGUUUUGCUCCCUAAAAUCCAGAAGCUGGAAUCUGACUUCGAGGCUUUCCGACAACAAGUUAAGACUUGCAGCAAGUUGACUGACCUCAGACUCAGAGCAUAUCUAUGACCAUGACCGUUUGGCGGGGGACUAAGUACUUAGGAUAGAUUAUAUGCGAGCCAGAUCGGUCACCUUGCAGCCGCUAAACAAGCUGCCGCAACCGAGCAGAAAUUGCGCAAGAACAUUCGCCAACUAGAAAACGACUUGGCAGAAAUGACUGCGAAAUACAAGUUUGAGAAACGGGAAAAAGAACUUUAUGAACAACGAGCAGCUGACUUUGAGGCGAGAUGUGCGGAACUACAGGCAAAGAAUGCCAGUUUGGAGCAAGAAAGCGCAAAUUAAGGCUUACUUUAAUUUAAGAAUCGUCUUUGAAUGUGCUUCCAAGGGGAAAGCAGAACAAAGAUGCACUCGGAGGUGAAUUGAAAUAAGCUCUAAGCAAAGCAGAAGAGGAAAAUUGCACAUUUAGUCCGCGAAAACAAUUCCCUUACUUUGCUGACCCAAGGCAUUGGGCCACCUGUUCCAGGAGGCUAUCUAUGUUUGCUUUGUCAGGAAGAUAUUGCUGCGCAGAACCGCAUUGCAAAAGCAGAAACCGCAAUACUAGGUAGCGGUAAGAAGAUGGGCGCUUCUAAUGGACCUACUCUAGCUACAACAACAUCUUCUGUACUAUCGUCUCUUAGUCCACUGAAAAAAAGUGGUCGGAUGGGGAGAUCUGUUUCUCCUGGAGACGGAGUGGGACAUACAGAUGAAAGUGGAGCGAAAAGAGGAGCACCAGAAGCAAACGCUGUUGCAGGAAAUCAUAGUCCUGGAGAUUUUGAAGUUGAACCUUUCGAUCAUCGUCUAGUUACUUCACGCGAUCUAGUGACGCCACCUUCUGCGUUUACAACUACUGGUAGUUACAUCCAGAAUGAGAACAAAAAUAGUCUGACAACUAAUUAUAAUACUAGUAGGGCAUUUACACCUCCAAGAGCAGCUGUCCCACCAGGUCCUGCGAGUGCCAACAAGAACAAGAAUCUUAGAACCAGAUAUGGUCCUGGCGCGUCUGCUUCUGCAACGCCACCACGUGGACGAAAUUCGGGUUCUUUCUUCGCAGAGCAUGGUGCAAAUGGAAAAGCGCUCCGCAGACGUAGUGCAGGGUCAGCAGAAGCAAUAAAGCGCAUGAUUGAUGAAGAAUUGGAUCAUCCUCGGGAAAAUAGAGGUGGAGGACAACGGGAUCAAACAUCUGCACCUUCAUCUAGCAGCUCCUCUACAACCAACUACAACAUUUCUCCACCAAAGCCGAGUAUGCGGGAUUUGAGCCAGCUUCUGUUCCCACCAGGCAAGCACGUCGUAAAACAAGCGGAGAGGAUAGUGGAUCAUCGACUGGCGUCAACAUUUCACCUAACGGCGGUUUUGGAAGAUGAGGAGCAGGAAGAGGGCCCAAGAGGAGAUGUGUCAGACGGGCACGACACAGAGAUAGAGAGUAGAACGGAAUCAAGAGAUUUACCUUUAGGAACAACUUUAUCAUCUCCAGGUCCUCAGGGUGGUGGUGGUGGUUUUGUUGGUGGUGGGGAAUCUGGUAGGGAGACGGACGAUUCUGGAAGAAGUAGAGAAAGAGAAGGAGUUGGAGUACACGCUGGAAGCCAACAAGCAGAGACAGAAACAGGAGAACAAAAAUCGUUUCCAAAAUCUACACAGAUGGAGAAUACACCGUUAUCAAAAACUGCUGAAGCAAACUACGAUUGAAAAGAAUACUUAGGACUAAAUUUCAAUGUGUAGGUGUGGAACGCCAACAUGGCACACUCAACUGAAUCUUCCCUACGGCUGUAGGGACUGUGGUCCACUGCUGCUAGGGUCGCAAAUACACAAAAAUUGUAAAUCUCGACAUUCCUCAAUGAUGUUGUUGAGGUAACGUGAGGAUGCUGUAACCUAUUAGUUACGCUACAAACCAAAAACAUCGUGUACGAAGAUCCGCGCGGCAUUAAAAAAAGAGAUCUAGCGACUUUGCACGCCCUGAC